AUGAACCAAAAGAAACAAAGGAGGAAUAGUGACAAGAACAGGGGAGCAGUGUUUGAAGGCCCAAAAAGCUACCCAAUUUUGGGUUGCACCCUGUCCUUUAUUGCAAAUAGGCAUAGAGUGUCUCAAUGGAUCACAGAGCUCCUUAGACUCUCGCCAACCCAAACCAUUGUCCUAAAGAGACUAGGAGGCAUACACCAAAUAAUUACUGCAAAUCCUGCCAAUGUGCAGCAUAUUCUCAAGUCUAAGUUCCCUAACUACCCAAAAGGCCAAUUUGGUAGGGAAAUUAUGGCUGAUUUCUUAGGCCAAGGCAUAGUAAAUUCUGAUGGAGAGCCUUGGAAAUUCCAAAGGAAGAUUGCUAUCCAUGGGUUCAACACCAAAUCCUUGAAAAAAUUCAUCCAUCAUGUGGUUGAAGAGGAGCUCUUCACACGUUUGAUUCCUCUCUUAGAGAAGGCAGCCAUGGAAAACAUGAUCCUAGACCUUCAAGAUGUACUAGAGAGCUUUGCAUUUGAUAACAUAUGCAACAUAGCAUUUGGUUGGGACCCCUGUUGUCUACACGUGGACGCUCUUCUCGAGUCAGAGUUUGCAGAGGCCUUUGACUCCGCGGCUACCCUAAGUUCUGAGAGGUUUCGAUCCCUUGCUCCAUGGUCAUGGAAACUAAAGAGAUUAUUCGACAUCGGAACUGAGAGAAAGCUUCGCAUAUCGAUAGAUAAAGUCAAGGGACUAGCAAUUGAACUAAUUCAAAGAAAGAAAGCAGAGGCAAGACCAACAGGCAUCGAAGUAGAAGAUCUACUCUCAAGGUUCCUAAAUGCAGGCAUCGAUGAAGACAUCAUCAGAGAUAUUGUGAUAUGCUUUGUCUUAGCAGGGCGGGACACUACCUCCGCUGCCUUAACAUGGUUCUUUUGGCUUCUAGCCAGACACCCACAUGUCGAAGAAGCAAUAAUUAAAGAAAUUGGACAUAAAGAUGGUAUAAAUAUGGGCUUGGAUGACAUUAAGGAUUUGAAUUAUCUUCACGCUUCAAUAUAUGAAAGCAUGAGGCUUUAUCCACCUGUUCCAGUCGAUACGAAAGAGGCGGCAAGAGAAGAUGUCUUACCAGAUGGAACAAAGGUGAGGAAGGGGAGUAGGGUCAGUUAUCAUCCUUAUGCUAUGGGGAGGAUGGAGGCUUUGUGGGGUAAGGACUACGAGGAUUUUAAGCCAGAGAGGUGGUUGGACAAGGAGAAUGGGAUGUUUGUUCCAUGUGAUAGUUUCAAAUAUGCGGUGUUCCAAGCAGGGCCAAGGAUAUGUAUGGGAAAGGAGAUGGCCUUUGUACAAAUGAAAACGGUUGUGGUUGCAUUGCUCAAGAGGUUUAGAAUUAGGAUCGCAAAUUCGAACUUCAAAGCUGUUUAUGUAUUGGGUCUCACCUCGAAGAUGGAAGGUGGUUUUUCUGUGAGGAUUGAGAAGAGAAGUGAAAAGGUACUAGCUUGA